AUGCUCGAUAACAAUAGAUUUUCUUUGAUUUUCAUUAUAUUAAUCGUCCAUCAUGUAUCUGCAAUUGGUCGAGAUGGUUUAAAACUUAUUUUCGAAGAUAAAUUUGAUUCAUCUUUAACAUUAAAUGGAUCAAUCUGGAAUUAUAAUUAUCCAUGGGGAUCAACAUAUAAUCAUCGAGCAAAUAUGAUUCGUCGUCAAGUUGCAAUUACUGACUUAGGUCAAGUUAAAUUAAUAGCAAUUCCUAUUCGAUCAACAAAUAUAACUCUUGAUACAGUUGAUUAUGGUAUAAUUGAUGUUGAUUACACAUCCGGUGCAAUUCAUACAAAUAGUUUAACAACAUUAAAACGUGGUUUAACUGUAGUUAAUAUGCGUGUACCAUCAGUGGCAAGUACAUGGCCAAUGAUUAUGCUUGUACCAUUCGAUGAAACAUUACCUAUGUUAACUAUGGAUGUAUUUAAUGAUCGACGAAAUAUUGGUUAUACAUUUCGUUAUACAUCACAAACAGGUUCAAGUGAAUCUGUUAGUGGUACAACACGUUCAUCAGUAGAUAAUAGUCUUGAUUAUCAUUCUUAUGCUAUUGAUUGGGGUUAUGAUAAAAUAUCAUUUUUAUUUGAUAAUAUUUUACUACGUUCAUAUAUUAAAUCAAACGAAAUCUCACAAAUAUCUGAUAUGAGUCUUGUUAUAGCACUUGGUGUUGGUGGUCGAUCACAAUCAACACCAAUUAAUUCAAGUGAUUAUCCAGCUACUUUAUUUAUUAAUAAUGUACAAAUGUGGGAACCUAAAUUUGAUGGUCGAUUUAAAAUAAUCAAUUAUAAUUCAAAACUUGUUUUAGAAGUUGAAAAUGGUUUUACAUCAGAUUUUGCUCGUGUUAUACAAACUAGUGAUAAAGGUACACUUUGGCAACAAUGGGAUAUUUAUUAUGUUGGCUAUAAUACAUAUAAAAUUGUUAAUGUUAAUAGUCGAAAAGUUCUUGAUGAUUAUGAUUGGCAAACAAAUGAUGGAGCAAAAAUUGUUCAAUAUAAAUUUGAAGCAAAAGAUAAUCAAAUAUGGAAAAUUAUUGAAAAUGAAGAUGCUGAUAAUACAAUUACAUUAGUUAAUGUUUGGGCACAAAAAGCAGCUUCAUUUGUUGGUGCUUCAACACAAAUAGGUUCACAACUUGUUCUUAAUGAAAUGAAUGAUGGACCAGAUCAGAAAUGGACAUUAAUUCGAUUGUAA